AUGUUUUUCAAUAUUGAGACUCAAUCCAAACAACUUGAUGCAGAGUUGGAAUCUAAAUUUGGUGGGUAUGCAAAGGUCGCAUUGGAUCUUUUAUUUUUUGAUACAGGCGAAGAACCUGACGAGGAAAGGAUAAGGCACCUUCAGAGAGUUUUCAAGCGAGUUGGAUGCGAUCGAUACAACCCAAACAACUACAUUUCAGGGACCAUCUCCGCGGAUGUACUACACGCGUCUCUCAAGCAGUCAAAUCUGAGGCCGGGUGACUUACAGGGUCGUGAGCUACCUGAACUUCAUUUGCCGGCCGGCCAACAGGUACGUUGUCUCGGUGGACGUCAUCGUAUACUUGCACUUAGAAAGUACAACCGCUCCGCAUCGUGGUGGCCAAUUAAGUUAUUCGUCAAUCUUACCCCUGAGGCCUGUCGGUUGGUAUCAGAGGGGUUUGCUAACGAGGCAAAAUAUUCGGACGGCGAAAUCGUUGCAAAUAUCCUUCGCUAUCCAGAGCAUUCCGUCGACGCGAAUCAGUGGUGGGCGAGACUUGAUAAGAGUAAACCAAGAACACUAAAAAAAAUCCUUGGUCACCCUACAUUGGGACCGGCUUUUAAGAAGGUGUUGAGCAUUCCGGGUCUCCGCCCUGGGCUUCUUUUGGCCCCUUGGCAUAAGAUAUUGAAUUGCGUCGAGGAAGUCAUCCAUUACCUUGGCGAGAUCUACCAGACGUGGGUCUACAUUGUAGGGUCUGAGCGUGACCUUAGAUUCGUAGAUAAAGACGCAGUAAUGGAACUUCAGUCUCGCGUCCCGGGGGUGUCAUAUUGCGAUGAACGUCAUGUCGAAUACGAAAUGCGAAAAGAAACCAUAUUUAGGGGCGUAACAGGUAUGAGAGAAAGGGAGUUCAUCUUACGCAAUCUGAAGCAGGUUAUGCGCUUAAUCCCAUCCAUCCACACUCUACAGCAGGAUUUUAAAUACCUCCGACAAUGUACCUAUGUUAUGAAAAAGUUGAUCGGUGAUGGGAUUCAAGCUCCAAUCACCGUACGCAUCAUGGCUCAAAACUCAUUUCGGGGCAACGAAGGGCAGCCCGUUAAUCAUGAGGGAAGGUUUCUACCAAGUUUGAAGAUUCUUUAUCUACAUAUCAUGCAAGAUAUUUGUCAACUUUCGGGGCAACCUCCGCUAAAGGAUAGCGAUAAAGAACCAGAUUAUGAGUUAUUACCUAAUAAUGCGAUAUCCUGGCAUACAUUAGCGGUCCGGGCGAGGGAGCUGGGCUUCUCUUCCGACGAGAUUAUUCGUCUAUGCCACACGGAUCCCGACCGAGAAAUGGCUAUCAAGGCGUUGUAUGAAGCUCGACCUCGGGAAAAGUUUGACUACGGGGGGCAUUUUGACUAUAUAGUAGCUUCAUUAGUCAAAGCCUUUCAGAUAGUACAACCAGUCGAGUCCCAGAAACCUCCACCGGGGCUAACCUCACAUACGGGAGAGCGAGUCGAAAGGAGAUGUGGUCGUGUAUACUCGAAUACUUACGAUAGAGAUCGCUAUUUCAUAACCCUGGAGAACGUCACUCGUGAAGUACAGAAGGACGUCGAUAUUACCUCGCUCUUCGUCCGGGUAUCCGUGUUCCACAUGUUUUGGGGUUGGGAAAAUGAUCAUCAGAGCCACGUACGGAGCAACCCAACAAACGGCCCGGGUCACAACGAUGAUGAAUUAGAUGAUAUAAUGGAGGAAGCCGAAACCACAAUGGAUAGGGGGUCUCAUAAUCAAGUAUGGCAAGACGUCACGCCAGAAUCUGAAAAUCUGGAAAUGGAAGACGCAGCACCUAUCGUACCGCAACAAAAUAAAAAACAGGAAGUGGCAAGACGGAAGAAGCCACAGAAUGGUAAGGGCCAAUCUACAGUGAGCAAUAGGAAAAGAAAUAUCGCGGAGACAAAUAAGCGGAAACCCCAGCGACUUCAUAGAGCAAAAGCAGUUGCAGAUACACUAACUAAAGAACAACAGCCUACAAGUUUAGCUCUAACAACAUCGGCACCUGCCCCUUCUGGUCUCAUGCCGCAAAACGAAUCUCAGGUUCCACCACAAAAGAUGGUCAUACUAGUACGAGAGAAAGGGGACUGGAAUAAUAUAGGGGAAUAUCUACGUGAGGAUAUUGUAGAGAAUUUAAAAGAAGCAUGGAAUAUGCGCGAAGGUUAUAGCUUGUAUACCAGAGAUGGUCGCGGCAUCGCUAUAGAUGACUGCCCAACUCAUAACGAUUGGCGCGUAUGUCUUAGUAAGGAUGGUCCUGGAGAAGGAUUUCCGGCGGACGAGACGCUAUGA